CCGACCCUAAGCACCACGGUGACGAUGCCUCACGCCGAUUCCGCGUCUCUACCUUCAUAUAUCCGAACAAGGACUGAAUUCUGGAUAUAUGUGUACGAUCAACUAGCUUCUCUUCUUGAGGGCCAAAGGGCAUGGGUGACGAACCUCGCCAACGCCUCAUCUUUGAUCUACAACGCCUUGCUUGCCUUUCCUGAAUUUGGCGACGGUCCUUCAGCCGUAAACUGGUGUGGAUUUUAUUUGCACUCGUCGUUGUUUCCCCCUUCGAUCCACUCCAUACGUCCGAAUCCCGGGCGAAUCUCUCCAGACCGACUCCUUCUUGGACCAUUCUGCGGGAAACCCGCAUGUCAGUUCAUCAACGUCGCUCCAGGAAAGGCUCGUGGCGUCUGCGCAGACGCCUAUACUUCUCAGUCGACCAAGCUGGUUCCCGACGUUCAUGCCUACCCGGGCCAUAUAGCAUGCGACGGCGAUACGAACAGCGAAAUUGUGUGCUCCCUCUUGUUGAAGAUGGACGACAAGGAGGUGGCGCUUGGUGUUUUGGAUCUAGACUGCUUGGCGAAGAAUGGGUUCACUGAAGAGGACAAGGCAGGGUUGGAGAAAAUCGUGGAACUAGUUGUGCGCUCCUGUGACUGGUGAUACUACCAAUAUACAAUCCCUUUAUUCC